GGGCCGGAAGUGCUCCUUGGCGGGCGGGGAAGCUGGUAGGCACGCAGGGCUCGGCUGCGGCGAGACUUGAGGGGACGGGUGAUUUGCCUAAGUGAAAGGGAAGAGAACUCGGAGUACCCCGGCAACAGUUCCAAGCAUGCGUAGAGCCGACCGGCUAAAAGCCAGAAAAGCCUAGAGAAAGACUGGUCGCGGAAAGGGGACGGUUACUUCCCGGAAGAGGCGGGGCCACUGAGAGAGGGCGCCGAAUUAGAAGUGAUUGGCGGCUUCCCGGGUUGGGGUGCUGAGUCCCAGACGUUAGUCUUUGCUUAGCGAAAAAGGUAGAGAACUUUUCCUUUUCUUUUUUUUUCCACUUAAGUUUUUAAAUUUUUUUUAUUUUAGAAGAGAAAGUUUGGAAACUUGGAGGCCGCAGUAGUUAGGAUUCAGGCCAAACUAGUAAAUGACGGAGGGGCGUCUUCCAAAACCAAGGAGAAAAGGUUGUCCGGUCUUUUGAAGUGUGUUUCAAAUAACAGCAGAUAAUCACCAGAAUGGGAGUGAAUGACUUGUGGCAAAUUUUGGAGCCUGUUAAACAACACAUCCACUUGCAUAAUCUUGGUGGGAAAACCAUUGCGGUUGAUCUGAGUCUCUGGGUAUGUGAAGCACAGACAGUCAAAAAAAUGAUUGGAACAGUCCUGAAGCCCCACCUCAGGAACUUAUUUUUUCGUAUCUCAUAUUUAACGCUAAUGGAUGUAAAACUGGUGUUCGUUAUGGAAGGGGAACCCCCAAAGCUGAAAGCUGAUGUCAUAAGCAGGAGGAAUCAGACUCGGUAUGGGCCUUCUGGAAAAACAUGGUCUCAGAAAACAGGGAGAUCACAUUUUAAAUCAGUCUUAAAAGAGUGCCUUGAUAUGCUGGAAUGCUUAGGAAUUCCCUGGGUCCAAGCUGCUGGGGAAGCUGAAGCCAUGUGUGCUUAUCUUAAUGCCAGUGGUUAUGUGGACGGCUGCCUUACCAAUGAUGGGGAUGCUUUCCUAUAUGGAGCCCAGACUGUUUAUAGGAAUUUCUCUAUGAAUACCAAGGAUCCACAUGUUGAUUGUUACACAAUGCCAUCUAUCAAGAGUAAACUAGGUUUGGAUAGAGAGGCUCUGGUCGGACUGGCGAUACUACUUGGCUGUGAUUAUCUCCCCAAGGGAGUCCCUGGAGUUGGAAAAGAGCAAGCAUUAAAACUUAUACAGAUUUUGAAAGGGCAAAGUUUACUUCAAAGAUUUACUCAGUGGAAUGAAAAACCUUCUUUCUCUGAUCCACAGCCAGUAGUUAUUAAAAAACUGGCCCAUUGUUCUGUGUGUUCCCAUCCAGGUUCACCUAAGGAUCAUGUACGUAAUGGCUGCAAACUGUGUAAAACUGAUCGAUACUGUGAACCACAUGAUUAUGAAUAUUGCUGUCCUUGUGAGUGGCACCGUGCAGAGCAUGAUAGACAACUAAGUGCAGUAGAGAACAGCAUUAAGAAAAAAGCUUGCGGUUGUGAGGGAUUCCCUUUCUAUGAGGUUAUUCAAGAAUUCCUUCUGAACAAGGAUAAGUUGGUGAAGGUUAUCAGGUACCAAAGACCUGAUUUAUUAUUGUUUCAGAGAUUUACUCUUGAAAAAAUGGAGUGGCCCAGUCACUAUGCAUGUGAGAAAUUGUUAGUGCUUUUGACCCACUAUGACAUGACAGAAAGAAAGCUUGGUAGAAGGAAUUCUAAUCAACUACAGCCAAUUCGAAUUGUUAAAACCCGAAUCAGAAAUGGAAUUCAUUGCUUGGAAAUAGAAUGGGAAAAGCCUGAACAUUAUGCUAUGGAAGAUAAACAUGGAGAAUUGGUUCUAAAAACAAUAGAAGAAUUAUCGUUGUUUGAAGCAGCUUAUCCCGAGAUUGUUGCUGUUUACCAAAAACAAAACUUAGAAAUGAAAGGGAAGAAACAAAAAAGCUUGAAAAUUAAGCAUAAAGAAAACAAUUGGCCAGAAUCAGAUAAUAAGAAUUUCCAGUCACAGAUGACUUUAAACCCCACAUGUGACAUCAUUUCUAAGCAGAAUUCCAAGUUAAAUUUGGAAAUUACCCCUCAUUGUCCAUUAUCCCAGAAAUCUAUUUCUGCAUCACUGAAUAGCUUGCUUUUACCUGAAGAUAACCCUUGUUUGAAUACACAAGAGCAUUUAAUGUUUUCUCCAGGAUCUUUGCCUAUGCAGCAAAUUACAGCUGUCAGUAAGUCUCUAAUUCCAGAAUCUACUCAACCUAGUACCUCAUCCUAUAAUGUAUCGGUGAUCGCUGAUCUACACUUAAGCACCAUUGACUGGGAAGGUACUUCUUUUAGUAAUUCUCCAGCUAUUCCAAGAAACACUUCCUCUCAUGGUUUAAAAUCAGAACUUGAAACAGCCAUCGCUGAAAAUUUUAAAAAUAUCCCAGAACAAUCGUCCUUUGCAUCAGAAUGGUGCACCACAGACAUUAAUGGAGUAUUGGAUAGGGAUCUUCAAAAGAUUGAUGAUACUGAAGAACAUCUACUUUCUGGCAUUACUGAUUUACAUCUUCAAGAUUUGCCUUUAAAGGAACGAAUACGUAUAAAAUCAUCGUAUCCUCCGGAUAAUGCACAACCAAAUGUCGACCUGAAGACUUUGUCCCUAGUUACCAUAAAAGAAUCUUGUAUUGCUAACAAUGGUUCUGAUUGUCAAUCAUAUCUUUCAAAGGAUCUUCUAGGAAAUCAUUUGCAAAAUGAAUCUAGAAAAUCUAAAGUUCUAAAAGGAGACUAUCUAUUUCAAGAAAACUAUAAAAUGAAUACUUCUGUACCUUAUUCUGUCAAUAACCCAGUAAUAGUAAAGACCUCCAGAGUUGGACCAUCAAAUACUGCUUUAGAUUAUAAUAGAAAAGCUGAUGUGCAAACCACUCAGAAAAGUGUAAUGAAGAAGAGUGUUUGCCUUGACAGACAUUCCUCUGAUGAAGAAAGUGUCCCAGUGUUUGGGAAAGCUAAAUACACAACUCAAAAAAUGAAGCCUCGUUCUCAGAAGCAUUAUCCAGCCCCGUUCAAGAAAGAUGAUGCCAACAAGUUGAAUAAUCCUAAAAUACAUAUUAAAGAAACCGAACAGUGUGCCCAGGCUUAUGACACAGCUGGAAAGGAAGACUGUUUCCCAGAUGCAGCUAAAGGUUCUCUGGGUUUUCUACAGCGUCCUAAGGACAAAGGUGACUGUGGUACUUGUUUGGGUAGUCCUCUUCCUUUAUGUCAAAGAUUAAAACUAAGGUUCCAAAACUCUUGAAAUGAAAUUAAAAAUAUUUAAAUAUAACGUAUUUUAGUACCAUAAACACAUAAUCUGCAUUUGGCAUAAAAAUGUAAUGUGCUUCUGUAUGUCAUGAGACACUCUUUUCCAUUUUUAAUUAAAAUUGUAAUAAAAGAUGUUACCUAAAACUUUGGUUUUAAAAGGUGAUCCUUGUGAGAAAAACUUCAGAUAAUGUACAUUUCUAAAACAUACUUUUCCAUUUUUA